AUGGUCCAUCGGGAAAUACACUACUUGCACCCAUACGGCUGGGAGACCAGCCCGCAGGAGGAGCGGUACAAAAUCUCGACGCUUGAUUACCUGACAGGCCUUUGCUACACCCACUUCGCGAUCUACUUUCGCUUGGAGGAUGGGAGUAAGCCCAAGGCCGCUGCAGUACUCAAGGAGGGUCUCGAGCGGACUCUGGGCCAAGUCGGCCACCUUUGUGGCACCAUCGAAAAAGACUCCGAUGGGGGUCAUUCCUUUGUGAAACGAAAGGAGAGCACGGUGCAGUUUGUUGUACAGUGGUUGGACGCUGUGAACGAUGCGGAUCGGUUCCCCUCCUUGGAUGACAUGGAAAAUUCGAGUUUUGCUGGGAUGACACUGGGUGAUUUCAACCAUUGGAGCAUCGAGCCGAUGACAUACGGCGAGAAGCCAGAGGCGCAUCCGGACUGUUCUCCGGUCACCUCGGCCUUCUUACUCAACUUUGUCUGUGGAGGAUUUGUUCUGAUCUCCCACAUGCACCAUUAUGCGAACGAUGUCAUGGGCUGGCGGGGAUUUGUGCAGCAGCUUGCUGACAACUGCUACGCCGUGCAGCAUCAGACGCCGUUCCCGACGUGGGACCCAGUCUGCAAUGACGUUUCCAUCGUUUCCAAGCCGGAUCCGCCCGUGGAGCAGCUCGUUGACGGACCCCCUCCGCCGCAGCAGCACCCGGAUCAGAAGCCUGGACAAUGCUUGCUCUUCCACCUUCCCAGGAGCAAGGCUGCUGAGCUAAAGCGGCUUGCGACACCGCAGGAUGGAACAUGGAUCUCAACAUACGACGCUUUCACCGCCUUUAUAUGGCGGACCACAACCCGCCUCCGUCAGCCGGUCUUUGGAAUACCGCUCGAAACCCCUAUGUUCUGGUGUGAGGCCGUGGAUAUGCGUCGCCGAAUGAUGAACCCCCCUGUCCAUCCGCAACUCCAGCACAAUGUUCUCUGGGCUGCACUAUCGGACCAGGCGCCUUUCCCGCCGCUCACUCACGGGGACGUGAUUUCCGACAAGCCCCUCUGGGAGCUUGCGGCAUAUAUUCGCAAGAUUACCAGUACUCAAACCCAGGAGAACCUGGAUGCUGCGCUGACUGCGAUCUCGCACAUCAAGGACAAGACGAACCUCAACAUCCGCAUUAACUCGAAGCCACCAAUGUCCAUCAUCACAACGGACCACCGCGACGCUCAAGUGAAUAAUGCGGACUUCGGGUUCGCCCGCCCGCUUUGCCAUCGUCACUUACAGCAGGGGCCGGGUGUCACCGUCGGCGUGCACCUGGUGUACCCUCCCAAACUCGAUGCGAACCCAGAUUCUGACGAGGGUAAUAUGUUUGCGCUAAUGUAUGAGAAAGAGCUGGCUCAGGACUUGAUUAACGAUACGGAGUUUGCCCAGUUCUUCGAGUAUCGGGGUGUUGAUAGUGAAUAA